GCAACACUGGUCGCCUGCGUCCUGCGUGUUGUGUCCGCUCGAGGAAGAAGACUAUCACUCAGUUCUCGCUGAUAUUCCUCUCCUUUUCCCUCGACGACAUGGGUGACGACUGGGCUAAGGCCGCGGAGGAACAAGAGGCCAAAGAUCUCGCCUCGAAGGUUCAGACCCUGAGCAUUCCAGAGGAUGGCAGCAGUGCCAAACCAGCUCCAGCCACAGAGGCUGAGGAAACACCCAGUGAGGCCUCAACGGAGGAGGCGCUCACAGCAGCUGAGGAGUCUCUCAUGCGCAAGGUGAUGCGCAAGGGCAUCAUCGAGUCCAAGAACAAUGUGGAGGUUUAUCGGAAGGAUCCCAAUAACCCACUGUACUCUGUGAAGGACUUUGAGGCAUUGAACCUGCGAAAGGAGCUGCUGGAUGGCAUAUAUGACAUGGGCUUCAAGUUGCCCUCCAAGAUCCAGGAGACAGCUUUGCCCACACUUCUUGCUGACCCGCCUCUGAACAUGAUUGCUCAGUCACAGUCGGGGACAGGCAAGACAGCAGCCUUCUCACUGGCUAUGCUUAGUAGGAUUGACCCAAAGAAGAGGUGCCCUCAGGCUCUCUGCUUGUCCCCCACACUGGAGCUGGCCCUUCAGACACUUGAGUCGAUCACCAAGAUGGGCAAGAAAUGUACUGAUAUCGCCAUCCGUGCUGCUGUGAAGGGAGAAACGGUGGCAAGAGGCCAGUGUGUGAAUGAGCACAUUGUGGUGGGGACACCAGGCAAGGUGCUGGACUGGGUCAAGAAGUACAAGUGCCUAGAUCUGAGCCAGUGCAGGGUGUUUGUGCUGGAUGAAGCUGACGUCAUGAUUGCCACGCAGGGACAUCAGGACCAGUCAGUGCGGAUCCACAAGCACCUCCCCUCCACCUGCCAGAUGAUGUUGUUCUCUGCUACCUAUGAGGAUCAGGUAGUGGAAUUUGCUGAGGCCAUCAUACCCAGCCCAGUCAUCAUCCGUCUUCACAGGAAUGAGGAGACACUAGAGAACAUUCGUCAGAUGUACGUGGAGUGUAAAAAUGAGGAGGAGAAAUACCUGGCCAUCUCAAAUAUCUACACCAUCCCAGUUGGCAACUCCAUGUUCUUCUGCCAUACCAAGCGAAGUGCUAGUUCCUUGGCCUCGCGUUUGAAACAGGAUGGGCACCAGGUUGCACUGCUGACAGGUGACUUGACACCAGAUGAGAGGGUCAGAGUACUUACUCGUUACCGUGAGGGCCAAGAACGUGUCCUCAUCUGCACCAAUGUCCUUGCUCGUGGCAUUGACGUUGAAUCGGUCAACUUAGUAGUAAACUAUGACCUGCCAGUUAAGCCUGGCUCACGAGAGGCUGAUUGUGAAACUUACCUCCACCGCAUCGGUCGCACAGGAAGGUUUGGCAAGACUGGCAAUGCCAUUAACAUUGUGGAAGGACGCAGCGACAUCCUCAUCUUAAAGGAGAUCGAGAGCCACUUCAAUAUUAAGAUUGAGAAAUUAGACUACAACAAUGUUGAAGAAAUUGAAAAGCUUGGGGAAGACUAGAGGAGGCACAUUAUUGCUCCCUAUCAGCCUCACCAUAGAUUGCCGCAGCCACCAACUUUGUAGGAGGAGGUAGUUUUCACUCCUGCAUGCUGAUUAGCCUAUUAAGGAGACACUCUUGUAUCAUUUGGACAUGGCAGCGAGGGUUAUCAAAGCUAACACUUGAGACACUAUAAAAAGCACAGAGAAUUCAAUACUUGUCAAGGAUGAAGGUUGAAAAACAGAUUUAUCAAGUAGAACUGAAAAUUUCUACUAGCCUUGGGGCAUGAGAGGAAAUGUUGUGGCUCUAAAGGCUCAGGAUGUAUGAGAUAUACGAUAGUGAAAAGACGAGCAAUCUCUUUUGUCUGUAUAUAUAUAACUCGCAUUAAUUUAUUGUGGCAUUAAAUGUGCAAGGCGGGAAGAGAGUUGAAAAUAAAGUUGGACUCAUGACACUGUGAUUUAAGAAUAUUAUCAUACUUUGUAAAUGAAUUUCUGUAGUAUAAGGUUUCAGAGACAAUAUUCAUUUCCACAUCUGAGUAUUAAUUAAUGCAUCUCCAACUCACAAGAAAAAAUCUCAUUCCACAAAGUUAUUAUGUACCAAUCAUGUUGUUAUCUUUCUCAUGAGUAAGUGACUUGUUCCUAAUGCAUUUCAUGAAAUAGUUGCAGAUUUAGGUUUAUUCAUGAAAUAGUCUAUAGAAUUUGAUGAAGAUAAAGUCAUAAGUGUUUAUUUUUUUGUACAUGUAAUGUAAGUAUCACCUCAGUGAAUUGGUGCAAAAUUUAUAUAUUAAGGUGACCAUAUACUGUAUAUAGAUGGCAUUAAAAUGACAUUUCUGGUUUAAAUACAUAAUGGACAAGAAAGUGUGUGUAUGAAAAGCAUCUUAUGGCUUGCCAUUUGUGUGGCAGCUGAUUUUAAACAGUUGAUAUUCUUAACAAUUUAUUAUCUGAUGCAAAUGUUAGUUUGGCACCUGCAACUGGAUGUGACUAAGUCUUUUCUUGCAUAUCAUUAACAAUUUAUUAAGUUUAAUGUUAGUUCUACUUACUAGUGGCAGGUGUCAAUAUGGAUAAAGGAUAUAUAACAAGAAAUGAUCAUAUUAAUUUUAGAAACUGGAGAGCAAUAAUGCAAGUUAGGAGAAAAAAAGUGAAUCAGAAAAUUAUUGAUAAACUAUAGUUCUUGUCAAAGAUGAAAAUGUAGUACUGAGAACUGAAUCUUGUAUCUUGUCUGUGAUUUUCCCAGCUGGAAUCAACCAUUGUAAGAAUGGUACUGAAGUCUUUAAGUGCCCUUGAUGAUGCAUGACUAAUCUCAGGCUUUCAUUGAAAUUUUACAGCUUCAUAUUUUGUCUUUGUAAGUUUUUACAUUUCUUUGGAUUUUUUUUAAUGCUUUGAUGCUAGCAGAUGUAUGAUGUUGGUGAUGUAUUUUUAAUUAAGGAUUUUUUAUUUCCUUUUAUUCUGUCUUGGGUUUUAAUCAGUGUUUCUGUUUAUUUGUUUAAGUGAAACUCUACCUCUGCUUUGUUGUAAUCACCCUUAAGGGCCUUAGGAUGUCUAGAUUGCAAGGAUCAGAUACUUUGAAAAUUUUAUGAUCCAAUAAGUCCUUCCAUUAAACUCUGUAUUGGUUAAAUGUACAAUGAAGAAACAAACUGUGAUAUAAUUGUCAAAGUGAAUGCAUUUUUAUGCUCUGUGCUAGUUCUCAAUAAGUGCUCCAUGGUGUAUGCAGAUUAGCUGCCAAUUUCCUUGACAAUGCUCUUAUAACAGGAGAAAAUGCAAUUGAUUAUGAAAGAAAUCCCGAACUGGAACAUAUAGAAAUAAAAAAUUAGUCAAGAUUAAUGAGAAAAAGUGAUACCAAAAGUCUGUGGCGCAUGUGAGAAUUAAUUAACUUUCCCUGGACAUCAUCAUAUUAUGGUAUUUAUCAAGAAAGGAAUUUGGCUGUACUAUCUCGCAGUCCUAAAUAGACAACAUGACUUAGUGGUCUUAUUGAAAGCCAUUGUUAUGUAGUUUGAUGGAUGGUUUUUAAUUUUACACUUUUGUAAAGGCAUGGCACAUGGUCGUUUUUCAUACUAGAUGUAUUAGUUACUUUACCACACUGUUGUAACAUGAUUUCAUCUUUAUAAUAAACCACUUUUGAUUUAUGAAUGAUGAUGAGGGGCUUGCUGAUUGCACUUGACAUAUAUGCAAUUGUGACAAACAGAAAUUUGAUGGAAGUAUUAAUGCCUACUGAAAAGACAUAAACACAGAAGAUACAUGUGCAAGUGAGUGUUCAUUGCUAAAAAAUAGCAUAAUUGUGUAGUGCAAAGAAGCAGUUAUCACUUCAUUGAUUUGUAAUUAACUUAUAUAUGUCACUAUAGACAGAACAGAAUCAUAUAUAGAAGAUUGUAUCUAAUGGGCUUUUUCAUUGGUACAUUUUAUGAGUUUUAUAUAGUUGCUCAAGGCUCUUAAUGCUUAAAAUGCACAAACCCAAGAAGAAAAGAAUAAUUAAAGUUUGAGGAUUGAUGAGUGUACAAGAUAAGAAAAGAAUGUAAAAUCAAUAAAAUAUGAAAAGGGCA